AUGGUCACAGAUGUGAAGCUCACCAUCUGUGCCAACAUGCUGGGCAUGUCGCGCCUCCUGCUGGUCAUUCUGCGUCACUAUGUGGCCGUCACCAAUCCCAAGAAGCAGGAACAAAGUUGA